GACCUGGGCUGCAUCUCCACCACUCUGCCCAAAGCCAUGGCCAAUUUCCUCUGGGACACCAGGGCCAUCUCCUAUCAAGGCUGUGCUGCUCAGGUCUUCUUUUUCUUCUUCUUGGUUGGAGCAGAGUAUUCCCUUCUCACCAUCAUGGCCUACGACCGCUACAUUGCCAUCUGCAAGCCCCUGCACUACGGGAGCCUCCUGGGCAGCAGAGCUUGUGCCCGGAUGGCAGCAGCUGCCUGGGGCACUGGAUUUCUCACUGCUGUCCUGCACACGACCAACACAUUUUCCCUUCCUCUCUGUCAAGGCAAUGCUGUGGACCAGUUUUUCUGUGAAGUCCCCCAGAUCCUCAAGCUCUCCUGCUCAGAUACCUACCUGAGGGAAGUUGGGGCACUUGUGUUUAGUAUUUCUUUAGCCUUUGGUUGUUUUGUUUUCAUUGUGGUGUCUUAUGUGGAGAUCUUCAGGGCAGUGCUGAGAAUGCCCUCUGAGCAGGGCCAACACAAGGCCUUCUCCACGUGCCUCCCUCACCUGGCCGUGGUCUCCCUGUUUGUCAGCACUGGCGUAUUUGCCUACCUGAAGCCCCCCUCCAUCUCUUCCCCAUCCCUGGACCUGGUGGUAGCUGCUCUAUACUCACUGUUGCCUCCAGCACUGAAUCCCCUCAUUUACAGCAUGAGGAACCAGCAGCUCAAACAUGCUGUGGGGGAGUCUGAAAAUCCCAAGGUGGUCUGUGAGGGAUCAUGGGCUGCACCAAGAGCUCUCUUUAUAGUAGCACUUGCCAAAGUAGGCAACUGGAUUCGUCUCUAUGGGACUACGCCCCCUGCAGAGGGGCUGAUGGCCGAUGCCAGAGGAAUCUGGAGCUGCCAGGAGAAGUCAGAAGAUCUGCAGGAACAAGGUGCUCACUGGGCAGUGAUUAGAACCUCAUAA